AUUAACAUUAAGAAAGAAAAUAUGCUAUAAGUUUAUAGGUAAUAUAUUCAAUCUAAAAAAGAUUCUUUCUAUUAUCAUAAAAAAUUAAUAAAUUGUGUUAGUAAAUUAUAAAAAAGAUUUGUUCAAUGAGAAAUAGUAUAGUAAAGGAGGAGGAACAAAUUAUCCAAACUCCAUUGAGUAUCUCUAAAGCACUACCUUAUAAACUGAAUGAGAGGAAGGAUUUGAUAGAAAACCAACUCUUUUUAUCAACCUAUUCAAAAGUGGUUGGUAAAUUCUUUUAAGCUCUGAAUAAGCUGUAGAUAGCUCAACAUCACAGUUAAAAUUAGCUUAUUCCAUAAUAUCCAUUUGUACUGUAGUAUACAAUCAAUGAAUUUCUGGUAUAAUCUCUAUUAAAUAAGUAGGUGCACUUAGGAAAACAUUAAAUAGACAUUACAAAUACUCCAAUAUUGAAUGAUUUCUAAAAAUAAUUACAGAUAUCGUAAAGUACACCAAGAUCAAUUACUAAUAAAUGCCCAUAAGUUAAAUUAAAUAUUCAAAAACGAAAAGGAAUGUCAUUGUAAGAAUAAAAAGACACCAAAAACAUUCCUAAGAACUACUGUAAGGCUAUAAUUACUUUUGCUUCAAAAAAUCAAGCUUUGUGUUAAUAAAUUUUGGGAGAUUAGCUUAAGGUAGUCAAAUUUUUAGAAAGAAUCACAGUCUACAAAUAGAAAUUAAUUAAUAUACGCAUCUUCAGUGGAUUAUUAACUUAAUCAGAAGACCCAGAAGAGGAAGAAUUCAAUCAAACUUUUCGAAUUUUGAGGUAAACUUAAUUCUAUUAAAUUUAGUCGAAUAUUUGUUAAGAAAUAUGCAAUUAAUUACAUAUUUAAUUCAAAGAUUGUUCAACAUAAUUGGCAUCUUCAUUAUCGUUAAUAAAUUUAUAAAGGUAUUAAAAAUCCAAAGAAUUUCUCUCAUAUCAAGAAACUUUGAUAAGUUAGAUUAUUCGAUUAAAAAUAAUAGCCA